CCAUCUGGGACGGGAAAAAUAGCCAUAUCUCCUGUAAUCAUCAUUCCAACAGCUAUUUUCAGACACAUUGCAAUGUGUUGAGACACCAACACCAAGGAACUAUGCUGACUGUGGUGCGUGGGUCCAUAAAGUCGAUUGUGUCUGUGAUAUUAAGAGUCCCAGCACUCUUUAUUGUGGAGGUAUGGUUUCGUACAACGCCAGGAAAAUUGACCAAACUGGUGGUCAAGAACCAAUCUGUGGAAACUCUUUACAUGCUAGGAAGCUAUACAGCUUUGGUCUUUGCUGCAGUACUGGCAACACUUCCUCUGCGGAAACUUGUGAACCUGUACAUGCAUUUCAUUGCAUUGCUGUUACUCUACACUGAAUACAAGUUGGCGGAACUGUACACAGAGACUCAUGCUGUCAGUGAAGUUCCCUUCUAUGAGGAUGUUAAGGGAAUACAACACCUUGUGAUAUUUAUAGGCUUUCAGUGUGCUAUAGCUAUUCUGACAGCCUAUCUGUUGGACAUCACCAACUGGGAUAGAUUUAUCUUCUUUGUGUUUACCAUGCCAAUUUUCGCUUGUGCAAUGGGAACUGGUCCAGAAGAGCAACAGGUCAUAACUAACACAGCGAUAAUGUUUACUUUAAUCAUGGCCUGCUUGUACUUUCUGAAUUGUGUUGGUUCUAUCAUAAACACAUGUAAAGAAGCUUUCACACAGGUGUAUGUCUCAUUACAGGUAUAUGGAAUUAUUCCUGUUGUGAUUGCGAUGUGGCAUUCCUUUUUGCUUCCAGUGCAGCUUCUGGUUUUCUGGUUAGUGAUGUUUUCUGCGCAGCUCUACGUUUAUGUCCACUCCACCAAUCUGCCAGUGUUGGACGAGGGUGUAAUGAUUACAUUUUUAGCCAGUAUAGGAGAGUGUUGUGCAACACCAAUUUCUUUGUGUGCAUUGUCUGUUACUAUUUCAUAUGCUUCAUACUGCAUCUUAACCUUGACUAAAAUCUUCCUCCAAGGAUGGUCUACAUAUCAGGCAGAUAAUGAUGUACUACGAGGGUGGACGGAAGGUUUUACUAUGUUACUCAUAGCCAUCCAGACCGGUCUUCUUGAUCUAAAGCCGUUACAGAGAGCAUUUUUGAUGAGCAUUCUUCUUUUUAUCGUAGCAUCUUCACUUAUUCAAUCGAUGUAUGAAAUGGCAGAACCAAUUUUACUAGGAUUAAGUGCUGCCCAUAACAAGAAUAUGUUUAAACAUGUACGUGCUGUUACAUUAUUCACAUUCCUCUGGAUGUUUCCUUUAUUUAUGACUUACUCCAUUUGUCAUUAUUUUGACCUUGACUUUUGGCUACUAGUUAUCAUGUCAAGUUGCUUGCUGACAACAGUUCAGGUCAUUGGAGCUCUUGUAGUCUAUGCACUUUUUAUGUAUGAUGCCUUAAGUGCCACUAACUGGGAUUCCCUGGAUGAUGUCAUAUAUUAUACAAGGUCUGUUGUGCGUAUUUUAGAGUUUGUUGUAGCUGUUUUUGUUGUCUGCUACGGUAUGAAAGAAUCCAUCACGGGCGAGUGGAGUUGGAUUAAUUCAUCCAUACUUAUAAUACACUGCUAUUUUAAUGUGUGGCAAAGACUUCAGACUGGAUGGAAAAGUUUUUUAUUGAGGAGGGAAGCUGUAAAAAGGAUGGAAUCUCUGCCUCAUGCUUCCGCAGAACAGCUUGCCACAUAUAAUGAUGUAUGUCCCAUUUGUUAUAUGGGUUUAGACUCAGCAAGGAUCACACCAUGUGGUCACUUCUUUCAUGCAACUUGCUUGAAAAAGUGGCUGUACAUUCAGGAAAAUUGUCCGAUGUGCCAUAAAAAGAUUGACCAAACCUCUGUGGACAAAAGUCCAAAAGAUUCAAAUGGUGAUAAUGUAAUUGAAAAUAGGGAAGUUGAUGAAGAUGAUGAAGUUGUGAAUGAUACAGAUGAAAUGAGUGAUGGAUCUAGUCAACAAGAUGAGGAGGUUGAUGACAAUGAUACAUAAUAGUGAUAUUUCUUUUAAGAAACGAUGAAGAUUUUUUUCUGAUUUUUGAUUUAAAACGAUAAGAAUAUGCAUGCCGUUAGUUGCAGUGAUAAAAAUAUAACGAAGGCUGUUUUGAAUUAAUCAGCAUAAAGAUAUAUAGGUUUACUCCAUGAAAUAUGUAUCCUUCAUCAUCCCCAAGUGGGAAUUUUUACAUUGCAGUUGCAAUAAUGACUUCCAAGAAUUUUGUCUCUAUAUUUAACAUUAUGUUUAAAGUAUUUAUCUCCCAAUAAGCCCAGAGAUCCUAAUAUACAAACGCAAUAUCAGAGGCUGGCUUAAUAAAGAACACAAAAAGUGCUCUGUUCAUAAUUCUACUACACAACAAUAGAUAUAGUUGGGCUUAUAACAAGACAAUAAAGAUUACUCUCUAAUUCUACUGUGCAGCAAUAGAUAUGGGUGGGCUUAUUACAGGAGAGAAAAUACUCCAUUUGUAUUUUUACUACACAACAAUAGAUAUAGGUGGGAUUAUUACACGACAGUAAGACAUACUCUGUAAUUCUACUACACAACACUAGAUAUGGGUGGGAUUAUUACAGGACAAUAAGACAUACUCUGUAAUUCUACUACACAACACUAGAUAUGGGUGGUAUUAUUACAGGACAAUAAGACAUACUCUGUAAUUCUACUACACAACACUAGAUAUGGGUGGGAUUAUUACAGGACAAUAAGACAUACUCUGUAAUUCUACUACACAACACUAGAUAUGGGUGGGAUUAUUACAGGACAAUAAGACAUACUCUGUAAUUCUACUACACAACACUAGAUAUGGGUGGGAUUAUUACAGGACAAUAAGACAUACUCUCUAAUUCUACUACACAACACUAGAUAUGGGUGGGAUUAUUACACGACAGUAAGACAUACUCAAUAAUUCUACUACACAACACUAGAUAUGGGUGGGAUUAUUACACGACAGUAAGACAUACUCAAUAAUUCUACUACACAACACUAGAUAUGGGUGGGAUUAUUACACGACAGUAAGACAUACUCAAUAAUUCUACUACACAACACUAGAUAUGGGUGGGAUUAUUACAGGACAAUAAGACAUACUCUGUAAUUCUACUACACAACACUAGAUAUGGGUGGGAUUAUUACAGGACAAUAAGACAUACUCUGUAAUUCUACUACACAACACUAGAUAUGGGUGGGAUUAUUACAGGACAAUAAGACAUACUCUGUAAUUCUACUACACAACACUAGAUAUGGGUGGGAUUAUUA